CGUUAUGUAUCGAACUCGGUCCACGACGCGUCCUCGGAUGCUUCUGCCAAACUCUGGGAGGAGACGAUUAAUAGACGACUGUUUGACUUGGUUCAUAGUCAGAACAAUGUGGAGAAACUUGGUGGCAUCCUGGCUAUUGACUACCUCCUCAAUGCCGAGGGCGAGGGUGCACUCGAGGCUCAACGGAAUUUGUAUCGCUUCUACAACUAUGUCAAAACCCUCCUCCCGAAUUCCGACAUCAACGUUAUGCUUGCCGCCUCUAAGACACUGGGUCACAUCGCUGCUGUGGGCGGAGCUACAUUCGGCGACCGCUGGCUCGACUAUGAAGUCCAGGCUGCCAUCGCAUUGCUGCAAGCCGAGAAGCAAGAGGCUGGAAGAUACGCUGGUGUGCUUAUCCUGAAGGAGCUCGCGCGCAAUAGUCCGGCCUACUUCCACGGCUACAUCGGGCAUGUCUUCGACAAGAUUCUUGUCCCUCUCCGCGACACGCGUGUCAUCGUCAGGGAAAGCGCCGCUGAACUACUUGCGGCAUGCCUGGAAAUCAUAACUUUACGGGAGCGACAGGCACGAAGUCCUUUCUUGGUGCGGAUCUUGCAGGACGCUCAGAUGGGUAUCAAAAUGGCUCAACCGGAGAUCAUCCAUGGUUCGCUCUUGACGUACAGAGAGUUGCUCUUGCACGGAGGCAUGUUUAUGAAGGAGAACUUCCUCGAUGCUGCUGCUUUGAUUCUGGGUUUCAAGACCCAUCGAGAUGCCCUGGUCCGCAAGAUGGUCAUCACGCUCAUUCCCACUCUUGCAGUAUACGACCCACAGACAUUCUCGGAGCAUCAUUUACACCAAGCGAUGGCUCAUUUACUCACGCAACUAGACAAGCCUAAUGAACGUUCAGUUGCUUUCAUUGCGAUUGGACAUGUCGCAACUGCAAUGGGCAGCGAAAUGAAGCCGUUCCUUGAGUCCAUCAUGCACCAUAUCAGACAGGGUCUGCAAAUGCGUGGCAAGAAGAACGCCCCGUCAGAGGAGCCAAUCUUCCAAUGUGUUGGCAUGCUUGCAUCUGCAGUCGGACCAAACCUCACCAAGCUCCUGCAUGACCAACUGGACCUCAUGUUCAAUUGUGGCCUCAGCGAACCGUUGAGACAGGCCCUCACCGCUAUCGCCACCCACAUCCCACCCCUACUCAAGACCAUUCAAGAUCGGCUUUUGGAUAUGCUUUCCAUGCUACUUAGUGGACAGCACUACAAACCACUCGGCGCACCCGCGUCUAUCCUUCGGACCGAGUCUGGCUCAAAGGAUAUCAUUACCGCGGAUGGCGCGUCCGUUCAGAAGACUCCCGAACUCAUCACGCUUGCCUUGGUCACGCUGCGGGACUUCGACUUCAGUGGUCAUACAUUGAAUGAGUUCGUGCGUGACUGCGUUCUACCAUACUUGGGCGAGGACAACUCGGAGGUGCGGCGAGCAGCAGCAGAGACUUGCUGUCGUCUCUUCGUCCGGGACCCUAUCGUCUACCAGGCGAGCAACCACUCGAUCGAGAUCAUCAGCGACGUGAUCGACAAGUUGCUCACGGUAGGAAUAGCAGACCCAGACCCGACCAUCAGGCAGACUGUGCUUUCCUCCCUGCAUGAGAGGUUCGACAAGCAUCUCGCUCAGGCGGAGAACGUCCGUGCUCUCUUCAUUGCUGUCAAUGACGAGGUGUUCGAGAACAGAGUCACUGCCGUUGGAUUGAUUGGCCGCCUUGCAAUGCACAAUCCUGCCUACGUGAUGCCGUCCCUCCGAAAGACGCUCAUCCAACUGCUGACUGAACUAGAGUACUCGACCGUUUCUCGUGGUAGGGAGGAGUGCACGCGGCUGCUAACGCUUCUCGUCGCCGCUACUAACCGCCUGAUCAAGCCUUACGCAAUCCCGAUGCUCAAGGUGCUCUUGCCGAAGGCGAACGACCCGAACCCGACCGUUGCUGCAAACAUUCUCAUGUCCCUCGGAGAGCUGACGCGGGUCGGGGGCGAGGAAGUCCUUCCUCACGUUCCCGAGCUUAUGCAAGUCAUCAUGUCAAGACUAGCAGACGCAUCCCUACCGAAGCGUGACGCAGCAUUGCACACGCUCGGUCAAGUCUGCUCGAGCACCGGCUAUGUCGUGUCGCCCCUCAUUGAUUACCCGCAACUCCUGCAAAUCCUCAGCAGGAUCCUUAGGACGGAGACGAAGCAGACCGUCAGGAGAGAGAUCAUCAAAGUCCUUGGUAUACUUGGUGCUCUGGACCCGUAUCGGCGCAAGAUCAAGCCGGACGAGGAGGCAGCGACGUCGGAGUUGACGUCUUCCAACCUCGUCAACGCCGUUACAAGAAACUAUAUUGGGGUCAGCAAUGGGACGGAUGACUACUACCAGACCGUUGCGAUCAAUGCGCUUCUCGACAUCCUGAAGGAUCAACAGGCGGCGGAUCGACAUCACAAAGUCAUUGAGGCGAUAAUGUCGAUUUUCAAGACGCAGGGCUUGAAGUGUGCCACCUUCCUGCCUCAGAUUAUCCCCGCGUUCGCUGCGGUUGCAAGGACAUCCGUCUCUCGAAUCCAGGUCUUCCACCUAGAGCAGUUGGCUAUCCUCGUCGGCAUCAUCAAGCAGCAUGUCCGCAACUACAUGCCUGACAUCUUCGCGCUGAUUACGGACCUUUGGGACAAUGCUUCGUUGCAUCUUCCUCUGGUGUCCCUCAUCGAAGCACUGGGGAAGGCCCUCGAUGCAGAGUUCAGACCGUUCUUACCCACCAUAUUGCCCUUGCUGCUCAAAGUUUUCGACAGCGAGCUGACUGAGAAGACCAUGAGCACGCAGACCAAGAUCUUCGAUGCAUUCCUCACGUUUGGCUCCAAUAUUGAAGAGUAUCUGCAACUUGUCAUCCCGAUAAUCGUGAGGACCCACGAGCGAACGGAUGCAUCUACAUCGCUGCGCAAGAGAGCGAUACAGACGAUUGACGGGCUGUCGAGGAAGGUCAACUUCUCCGACCAUGCGUCUCGUAUCAUCCAUCCUCUCGUCCGUGUGCUGUCGAAUGCGGAGCUGCGCAACACUGUCAUGGAGGCACUCUGCUCGCUGGUCACACAACUCGGAUCAGACUUUGCUGUGUUUGUGCCCACUGUGAACAAGAGCCUCAUCCAUCAUCGCAUUCAGCAUGCUCGCUACGACAACUUGAUCUCCAAGCUCCUCAGUGGCGACAGACUUCCACAAGAAGCAGGGAUACUGGAGGCAACGGACAGCACGAAGGCGGUCGAGUUCACUGCGCCUGCCGAGGCAACUAAGAUGGCCGUCAAUCAGCAACAUCUCAAACAAGCUUGGGAUGUAUCGCAGAUAGCUGCAAGGGAAGACUGGAACGAGUGGAUGCAUCGAAUCACGGUGGAGUUCAUGAAGGAGUCGCCUUCCCAUGCUCUACGUGCAUGCAUGAGCCUGGUCGAUGUUCAUCCUCCUCUUGCGAAGGAGUUGUUCAAUGCGGCAUUCAUCUCGUGCUGGGGAGAGCUCUAUGAUCAAUAUCAGGAAGAUCUGGUCCGCUCCAUUGAGUGCGCUAUCACAUCGCCCAUUGCUCCCGCGGAGAUCGUACAUCGUCUAUUGAACCUCGCCGAGUUCAUGGAACAUGAAGAGAAGGCCCUCCCGAUCGAGAACCGGACGCUGGGUGAAUAUGCCAUGAAGUUCCACGCAUAUGCCAAAGCGCUGCACUACAAGGAACUCGAGUUCUUUACCGAGACGUCUCCCACGAUCAUAGAGGCGCUGCUGAGCAUCAACUCCAAGCUUCAACAGCACGAUGCUGCGUGGGGCACUCUGCUGAUAGCUCGGGAGCAGUACGAUGUCAGCAAGCACGAAGAAUGGUACGAGCGACUCGGGCGAUGGACAGAGGCUCUCGGCACGUACGAGAAGAAAGCACGGGACGACCCGGACAACCUUGAUGUCGCCAUCGGUAGGAUGCGGUGUCUACACGCGCUCGGUGAAUGGAAGGAGCUGGCGGAGCAAGUCGAAGAGAACUGGGCAAAGGCGACUCACGAAGACCGCAGGGAGAUUGCGCCUAUGGCCGCCGCCGCCGCUUGGUCCUUGAACGAUUGGGAUGCUAUGGAGGAUUACAUUGCAACGAUGAGACCCGACUCGGGCGACAGACCGUUCUAUCGUGCAAUUCUUUCAGUCCACCAGAAUCAGUUCCCGAAAGCUAUGCAACAGAUCGCAAAGGCGCGUGAUCAGUUAGACCCGGAACUCAUGUCGCUUGUGGGCGAGGGCUAUGGUCGCUCUUACAACACCAUGGUACGGGCACAAAUGUUGUCCGAGCUCGAGGAGAUCAUCACGUACAAGCAAUAUGCCGACCAACCAGAGCGCCAGGCGUCCAUGAGGAGAACUUGGAUGAAACGGCUGCAGGGGUGCCAGCCAGACGUAGAGGUCUGGCAACGCAUUCUGCAGGUCAGAGCCCUGGUCCUUACCCCGGACGAAGACCCAAUCAUGUGGAUCAAGUUCGCCAACUUGUGUCGCAAGUCUGAUCGCAUGGUGCUUGCGGACAAGACCAUCAACUCACUGCUCUCUUCCGACAGGUCGUACCGUGAACAAAUGAAGGCUCCGAAUGCAGUCGUAUAUGCCCAGCUCAAGUACAUAUGGGCAACCGGCGCCCGAGAAGAAAGUUUGAGCUAUCUACGCUCGUUCUGCGGGAACCUGGAGAGGGGUCUGCAAAACGGCGCCAACGGUCACACACCAGAUCUCACGAGGCUGAAGCCGAACGAGAAGCUGGACGAGAUCUCCAGGUUACUCGCACGUUGCUAUCUCAAGCUGGGUGAAUGGCAAGUGGCACUUAGGGACGAUUGGGGUUCUCGAAACAUCAAGGACAUCCUGCAUUCCUAUUACCUUGCCACCCAUUACGACCCGACAUGGUACAAGGCGCAGCAUACUUGGGCUCUAGCUCAUUUCGACGUCGUCGGUUACUUAGAAAGCCAGACAGAGGGUAGGACCUCAGAAACACCGUCUGACAAUAUGGCUCUGCACAUUACGCAGGCCAUCAAGGGAUUCUUCACUUCCAUCAACUUGCGAAAUGAGAAUACUCUUCAGGAUACUCUGCGACUACUCACGCUUUGGUUCAAGUAUGGCAUACAUCCCGAUGUUAGCCAAGCAAUGAGCUCUGGCUUCAUAACUGUCGAGGUGGACACCUGGCUGGAAGUCAUCCCCCAGAUCAUCGCUCGCAUUCAAACACCUAUCGUGGCAAUUCGUCGGAACAUCAGUCGACUUCUCACCGACGUCGGGAAACACCAUCCGCAAGCCUUGGUGUACCCGCUGACCGUGGCGUCCAAGUCCUCUAGCACAACACGCAAGAGUGCGGCAGAGUCUAUCAUGAACAACAUGAGAGAGCAUAGCGAGGAGAUCGUCAAACAGGCGAACAUCGUCAGUCACGAACUUAUCCGAGUUGCGAUUCUCUGGCACGAGAUGUGGCAUGAAGGCCUUGAGGAGGCGUCAAGGCUCUACUUCACGAACAAGGAUCCGGAGGGCAUGAUUGUGUUCCUGGAGCCGUUGCAUAAGAUGAUCGAGGAUGGUCCUCAAACGGCGCGCGAGACGUCCUUCCACCAGGUGUUCGGCCGUGAUCUCCAGGAUGCUCGUGAAGCGUGCAAACGGUGGCGAGUCUUCGGUGAGCAGAGGGACCUCGACAGGGCCUGGGAGAUCUACUAUUCUGUCUUCAAGAAGAUCGAGAAGCAGCUGCAGAAUUUGACGACGCUCGACCUGCAGUUCGUCUCUCCCGCACUGCUAAAGUCUCGAGACCUGCAGUUGGCGGUGCCGGGCACCUAUCAAGCAGGGCGACCUGUCAUCACUAUCGUCAGCUUUGCCACGAAGCUAGUUGUCAUCCAAUCCAAGCAACGGCCACGACGUCUCUCGCUUAGGGGUAGCGAUGGCAAGGACUAUCAAUAUGCUUUGAAAGGACACGAGGACCUGCGUCAAGACGAGCGUGUCAUGCAGCUGUUCAGUCUCGUCAACAACUUGCUUUCUGUGGAUACGGACUGCUUCAAGAGGCAUCUUCACAUUCAGCGAUUCCCGGUUAUCCCGCUCGCUCCCAACGCAGGCUUGUUGGGCUGGGUCAAGGAUAGUGACACGCUCCACGUCUUGGUCAAGGACUACCGCGAAUCGCGCAAGAUCCUGCUGAACAUUGAGUAUCGCCUGAUACUAAACAUGGCGCCGGACUAUGAGAACCUCAUACUGCUGCAGAAGAUCGAAGUCUUCGAGUACGCGCUCGAGAAUACCACCGGCCAGGACCUCUACCGUGUACUCUGGCUCAAGAGCGCGAGUUCCGAGCACUGGCUCGAGCGCCGCGCUACAUACACGCGCUCGCUCGCGGUGAACAGCAUGGUCGGCCACAUCCUCGGGCUGGGCGAUCGGCAUCCAUCCAACCUGAUGCUCGAGCGGAACACAGGGAAGGUGGUGCACAUCGACUUCGGCGACUGCUUCGAGGUGGCGAUGCACCGAGAGAAGUUCCCCGAGAAGAUUCCGUUCCGGCUGACGCGGAUGCUCACGCAUGCAAUGGAAGUCAGCGGUAUUGAGGGCAGCUUCAGGAACACGUGCGAGAUCAGCAUGAAGGUCCUACGAGACAACAAGGAGUCUUUGAUGGCUGUGCUCGAGGCCUUCGUAUAUGACCCUCUCAUCAACUGGAGGUUGAUGCAGGCUGAUACUGUGGAUGUCAGACGACCAGAGGAACCUGCCAGAGAAACGGCGCGUACCUCAGCAUAUCCUCAAGCCCCGAUACGGAGGCUGCAGGCCGAUGAAAAUGACAUCUUCAAUGAGCACCAGGAGAUUCGCAACGAACGAGCAUUGUUCGUGUACAACCGUGUCCAGCACAAGUUGACAGGUCGUGACUUCAAUCCGGACGUCUCACUUUCGGUUGCUGCGCAAGUCGACAAGCUCAUCAUACAGGCUACCUCGCUCGAAAAUCUAUGCCAAUGCUUCUCAGGAUGGUCCGCUGAGGCGACGCCCGCUCAAAUCACCAGUGGCUGGUCGUUCUCUGCCAUCCUUACCGAGUCUGGCGACGUCCUCGUAUUCUGGCCUUUCUCCGGAAAUAUGGCGGAAGCCAUUGCAACAAAGACAGAGGAACUCGAUCAGCAGAGUGGUACGCGUGCCACAAAGGCACUGCCGACGCUACAAGAGCCCGAUGUCAUCCCGUGCUACACAUGGACUAUGCAAGGCGCCGACCCUGUGAGGUUGCCUGCUAUCCCGGCUGGCGAUCUCCCUGAACUGAGCGGAAUCGGCGUUACAAUCGAAGACGAGACGAGGCUUAUUAAGAUAGCCGGUAUGGACAACACGAUCGUCGGACUGACCAACAAAGGGCACGUCCUUCUGUUCCAGAUGUAUGGAGGAGAGAACGAGUAUACACGCAAUCGUUGGCAAUACGUGAGCUCGUUGUUGCUCUUAGGUACAAGUUCUCCCAUUCAAGCCUGA